GCUGGUCCCGGCAUCGGCAUGGCCAUCGACGCCCGCCAGCUGAUGACCCUCAUCAGCGGCAUGCAGCAGAAGAAGAAGAUGGGCGCCAUGAUCAGCACGGGUGGGGACGGUUUCACGCCCAACCCCAUCUACAACCAGGGCAGUGGGAUGCCCCUCCUGGGACAGAGCGCCGCCAACAUGGGCACCAUGCCCGGCUCAGGCACCAUCACGCCCAACACCUUCCAGCAGCAGCAGCCGGACGCCCAGGUGCAGGAGCAGAAAGUGAUCCAGGACCUCCUGGGAGAGAUCAAGCGCCUGAAGAGCGAGCUGCAGUGA